UCGAAACUGAUAUUAGUUGGACUAUAUUCCAAUCAAAUUUCCAUCUCUAGAAAACAGUGUUCUAUUAGGAAUUAAACUACAUAAGGAGGAAGAGAAUAAUCAUAGCAAUGAUGAGAAAAUAUUCUUUGAGAAUCAAAGACUUAAUUUUCCUUGCAUAUAUAUUUCCAUGUUGUGGGGUUGUAGAGAGAGAUAGACAACCAAGCCAACCUGGAUUGUGUCAGUACACAUAAACUGUUUGAUAAAUUGCCAGAAAGAUAUAGCAUUGUCUCGUACCUCAAAAUUUUCGAGUGUCAGUUUUGAUGCAACUACCAAUAAUAUGGCCCAUCUGGUUCGCCACAUUCAGAAACAUCAACUGAAUCAGAGAAUAAUUUCAGAGCUCACACGUGGAGAAAGCCAUGUUUUUGACGUUUUAUCAGUGAUUAAUUUCUUCAGUUAGACCAAUUCUACUGCUUGGUUUACUUGGAAAAGGAAAUUGAGGGCUCUUGCUUUAGCUGAGAGAUAGAAGAGAAGUGUGCUUGAAGAGAAAACUGCCUUAGUUCUUAAUUGGGCUGGUUUUGUAAUUUUUGGGUGAUGGUCUGAUGAUGGAUGAGAAGGGGAUGUCAGGUUCUAUCACUGUUGUAUCCGAGGAUAGUAUCGAUUCGGUGUAUCCAAUGUUGUUUGGUGUUUCUUGUGCGUUGUUUGCUCUAAGACUGCUUCCACAGCCUGAAUUAUGUGAUGAUAAGUGGUCACUAGUUAGAACUAGAAUGCUUCAAGGGAGUAGCCAUCUCUUAGGAUUACUGGUGUGGCGGGUUCAAAGGGACAUGGAAAAAAGUAGAAAAUCAGAGCUUCUUCAGAGGCUCGAGGAUGCAGAGAAACAGGUUGAGGAAUUGAAGAAGAGAAGAAGCGAAGACGCAAGAGCCAAUGAGAGAGUUGUGAGAAUAGUUGCCACUCGGGAGCAGAGCUGGUCCGACGAGAGAAAGAAGCUCAGGCAGCAAAUUGGUGGCCUUAUGAAUGAUUUGAGAGUUGUAAAGAUGAAGAGUGAAAGAUCAAUUGCUGAACUGAAUCAGAAAUUGAAGGAAAAUGAAGCUAUUAUGCAUUUGAAGGACAAAUCCAUUGAGGAAGUCGAGCUCAAGAGAGUGGAAAUUGAUGGAAAAGUGAAGAAGGCUGAGAAUAUUGUAGAAGAGAUGAGAGAGAACGCACAGCGUGAAGCUCAACGCCAUGCUACUGAAACCUUAAAGCAUAAAACGGCAUUCAUUGAGCUUGUAUCUAGUCAGAGACAGCUUGAAGCAGAGAUGAGUCGGGCUGUAAGGCAGGUUGAGGUAGCAAAGCAAGAGCUUGAUUCAGCUUUAGAUCAGAAAGAGCAUGCUGUCUUGGUAGCCCGGAAACUUUCGAUAGAGCUUGUUAAAAUGCGUAAAGAUUUGGACCAGAAAGAUCAAAUUUUGUCGGCUAUGCUGAGAAAGUCUAAAGUAUAUAUGACUGAGCUUUUAAAGGAAGUAAAAUCAUCUAAGGCAAACAGACAGCAAUCCGAUCUAGAAGCAGCACGACGGAAGGCAAUAUCUGAGUCUAAACAUGAUAGGCAUUUACUAAGGAAUAUAUUGUCCAAGCAUAUAAGUGUAAAGUCGGAUAUAUUCUCGGGUGGAAAAGGAGGGCAUUUAAAAGUUAUGGCAUCACUGGAUGCUGGAAACCAUAGAGCAUCAGAGACUGAUUAUGGCAAGUUUGAGCAACCAGAAGCUAUUGAGCCUAUUAACGACCCAUAUUUGACUGGGCGAACUGAUGAGCCACAGUCUCUAGCUGAUGUUAAGCGCUUGGAGAACUGGGCCAACUUGGAAACAGUGAAAUACGAAUUUGCACUUCAGCAAAGGCAUAACCUUGAAAUAGAUGCUUUUGUGGAUCAACUGAGGCUCAAGGAUGAAAGGUUGGAAGCUUUUCGUUGGCGUUUGUUGAGCAUGGAAAUGGAAGUGAAGAGGUUGCAGUCACACAUUGAAGGGAUCGAUCAUGAGAUUACACAGCUGAGGAAGGAGAAUAUGAGGCUGGAAGCUCUACUGCUGGAUCGCGAGACAGAAUUACAUGCAUUGAAAGAGCAGCUACUGAUGCAGUUCAAUCCUCCAAACCUCCAGAAAUUGAACUUUGAAUCCACUCUACAUGAGGCAGCCAUGAACCAUAAUACGGUAUGGUCGAGAGUCAAGGUCAUCAAAAGGAAACCGGGGCAGGGAAGGCAAGACAUGAAGGUUACAGCAGAAGAAAUUCCUCAAGAAGUCGAGAAUGAAAAGGUGCAUGAAAUUACGGUUGAUGAGCAGCUAAAGGAUAUAGUUGCAUCCCUGGAUCCUAAUCAUGUUAGGCAGGGAAGAAGUGGUCCAGAUGAUGCAGCAAAUGUGGAAACAACAACAUCACUAGGUCAAGGAUCAAGUAAGAAGAAAAACUCCACACUGAAAUUGGAUAUUCAUGCCCUUGGAGUCUCAUACAAGAUCAAGAGACUUAAGCAGCAAUUUCUAAUGCUCGAGAGGUUGAUGGGGAAGCAAGAAAACAGCGAAAACAACAAUGCGGAUGUUGCAGCAAAGGGAUUAUAUGCCCUUACUUCCCUCCUAAAUAAGCAGGUUGAUCGAUACCAGUCCCUUCAGGGGAAAAUUGAUGAUCUCUGUCAAAGAAUGGAUGAGAAGAACCUGAAUCUGAGCUGCAGAGGCUCUGCUAUUGCUAGAACAGGCAAUGAAACAAAGAGGCUGGAGCACUUUCUUGAAGAAACCUUCCAAUUACAGAGGCAUAUAGUCGCGACAGGGCAAAAAUUAGUGGAAGUUCAAGCUAAGAUUGCCACUGGAUUUCUUGAUUUUGCAGAAAAGAUUGAUCAGCCUGAGAGCUUUGACAUGAAGCGAUUUGCUGAUAGUAUCAUAACACUGUUCAGAGAAGUUCAGAGGGGCCUUGAAGUCCGAAUAUCUCGGAUUAUUGGGGAUCUUGAGGGAACCCUGGCAUGUGAUGGUAUCAUGCAUGUUAAAAAAUAGCAUGGAAACUUUUAAUAAUGAGAAGACGAGACCGUAGAAUAGUUCCUUAUGUCUCACUGUAGAGUUUCUAAUGUAACAACACCAUAGUCUACUCCUUUUCGGUUUCUAGGGGUUUAUUCGUCUUUUCUGUUCAGUUAUGGAAGUGAGUCCGCCAAACUUCACAUGUGCAUGAAGUUAUUCUAAUGAAAUUAUGUUUUACAUACUUAGUGAUCCUCGGACUAAACAUUUUCAAAAUAGUAAUGUGCCAAGAUAGGCACACUAAUUGAUUGGUGAUUUGAUUUGAUUGACCAUGGCUAUUCAGUCCAUGUUACUAAGGAUGGUCAACUGUUUAGCUAGAUUGUUUCUUGAAUCAAGAUAAUAUUUUUCGUUUUAAUAUAUGUUUCAUUUUUUCUUCUC